GGCGCGGCGCCGGAGCGGGAGCCCGCGGCCGCCGGGAUGGCCCAGCUGGGCGCCAUCGCCGCGCUGUCCCUCAGCUUCCUCGCCGCCGCCUUCCUCUCGGCCAUACACAAGAUCGAGGAGGGGCACAUCGGCGUCUAUUACCGCGGCGGGGCGUUGCUGACCUCCACCAGCGGGCCCGGCUUCCACCUCAUGCUGCCCUUCAUCACGUCCUACAAGUCAGUGCAGACCACGCUGCAGACCGAUGAGGUGAAAAAUGUUCCCUGUGGCACCAGUGGAGGAGUGAUGAUUUAUUUUGACAGAAUUGAGGUGGUGAAUUUCCUCAUCCAGAGUGCAGUGUAUGACAUAGUGAAGAACUAUACAGCUGACUACGACAAAGCUCUCAUCUUCAACAAGAUUCACCACGAGCUGAACCAGUUCUGCAGUGUGCACACGCUGCAGGAGGUCUACAUCGAGCUCUUUGAUCAGAUUGAUGAAAACCUUAAACUGGCCUUGCAGCAAGACCUAACAACAAUGGCCCCUGGAUUGAUUAUACAGGCAGUUCGAGUUACAAAGCCAAACAUCCCCGAAACAAUCAGGAGGAAUUAUGAGCUCAUGGAGAGUGAGAAGACAAAGCUGCUGAUUGCAGCACAGAAGCAGAAGGUGGUGGAGAAGGAAGCAGAGACAGAAAGGAAGAAAGCCCUCAUCGAGGCAGAGAAAAUUGCACAAGUUGCUGAAAUAACUUAUGGACAGAAAGUGAUGGAAAAAGAGACGGAGAAGCGGAUUUCGGAGAUCGAAGAUGCUGCAUUUCUUGCAAGAGAGAAGGCCAGAGCUGAUGCUGAGUGCUACACUGCUAUGAAAAUAGCUGAGGCCAACAAGCUGAAGCUAACUCCUGAGUACUUGCAGCUGAUGAAAUACAAGGCUAUAGCAGCCAACAGCAAGAUAUAUUUUGGCAAAGAUAUUCCCAACAUGUUCAUGGACUAUGCAGGAAGCCAAACCAAAUUUGCAGAGGGACUGGCAGAAAGAAUCCAAGAAGAGGAUGGGGCAGGAACCAGUGAGGACACAAAACUACAGCAUAAUGUCAACUGAAAAGAAACAUUUCUAUUCGUUUUAUAUCAAAAGAAACACGAACUGGGAAGUUCCUUUUUGUUUUCUCCCUUUCCUGUUCUGAAAAAGAUGAAUCAGACUUAAUCAUGUCAAUCUUUUAUAUGACAGUUAGAUACAAAGACUUUGGGGUUGGGGGUUUUUUGGGUUGUUGUUUUUUCCUGGUGACUUGUGAGCAGCCAUCUCCAGGCCUGUGCUCUAGAUGCACCUCUCCCUGCUCCCGGGCACACAGACCAUCUCCUCUGCAGCCAGCUUGGGUGAGUGCUCCCUUGUGGGUUUGAGGUGGCUCAUAGAAGUUGGAAGUAGAGAAAUGUUGCUGCUUUGGAGGGAGGGGAAUUGCUGCUACAAGUCCUUGGUUUGUUUUUUAUUUCUCGUUGGAGGUCUCAAGUACUUUAUUUCAGCCCCCUUUAAAAGACAAAAGGUGCUAGACUUUUGUACACUACACGUGUCUGCUUGCAGGGCUGUGCCUCCCCUGGGCUACUGCCCCUUGUGUGGGAAGGGUCUGACAGCCUGUGCUGUGCUCCCACGUCCAUCCUGAGUGUGUUUUCGCUUUGGCAGGGCAGAAGCUGAGCCCCAGUCUUGCAGGUUGUUACCUGGGGAGGGGAGAAUCGAAGCCUUAGACCACGUGUCACGCAGGUAGUGGCCCAAGCUGUUCACUUUCUGCGUCGUAACACCAGUUCCUUUUCCAUUUGUCAUAUCUGGGGAGGGGGCAGAGGGGAGUCAGUAUUUUGAGGCAGUUUCCAGCAGCUCAGCUGCUGGGUGAGGAGGGCAGGCAGCUGACAGGCAGCAUCCUGUGGUGCUUGGCUGGAGCUGAUGCUCAGUGGAACCAGGCUGCCAGCGCCUGCUGUCGCACACAAACGAGGGAGGAGAGAAUUUCUGUCUCAGGGACCCUGACUUUGCAAAAAGCCUUGUGGGCAAGUAACUGCCUGAGUGACUAGUCCCACAAUCAUUACAGUGUGUUCUCUGCCUCUGCCAGACCAACUGGAUUUCGGUGUUUACAGUGUCUUAUUAGAAAGAGCACAUUCAGGUGAAGCAAAGUGAACAGAGACGAGUUACUCUUGGUUUAUUGGGUGGGUUUUUUUCUGAACAGACCCUCUGAAAGGAAGAUUUACUAGUAGCAAAGGACAUAAAAUACCAUAAUAAAAAUUCCCAGGGCCUCUUGUCUCUGAGCUGUCCAAAGAUAGAUUUCCCUCUCCGGCUCAGAACAAUGUACUGUUCACUUCAGAAAACAGACCAGAUGCAAAGGGGUUUGUUUUGCACACAUGCAAAACUUGAGGGGGUGUUAAAGGCAAAAGUCAGGCCUAGAGAAAACAGCUUUUUCUCUCCCUCAUCCACCUGCUACUUGGCAGGAGAGCCUGUAUAUUCAUUGCUGUUAGAAUCUGUGGCCAACACUCUAACAUGAGGCAAGUGUAAGCACUGAGUUGUCAGAGACCAGCCUAUUGCAUUUCCAGUCUCCUGCCCCAAACACUUGCUACCUGCUACACCUGGUUUCACUCUUCAGUGUUUUAAAACAAGCAUUAGUCUUUUUAAUGAGGUGAUCACACUAAGAUAGAAAUCUGGUGUAUUUCAGCUGCUGGUUCCAGUAUUUUUACUUCAGUUUCCUCUGUUAGGAGAGCAGCUAUUGGUACUUGAAAGUGCAAAGGCAAAAAAAAGAGAGAAGCAUUAGUUUCUGCUGCGAGGGGGAAAGUGUUAUGUGUCUUCUUUGUGUCUGUUCGAAAAUAGGAGCUAAGGGAAGGCCCCUUUGCAGACCUAUGUACUACAUUAGACUGCACAGCAGUCAAAACUCUGCAUCCAUAGGUAGGCUGUAGUCUGACCUCUGUAACACAGGUCUCUGCAGGAAGAUGAUGAACAGGGAAUAGCAGAAACUCUAGGAAUGAAGUAAUAAGACCCAAACCUUUGAGGAGGAUCUCAUUUGGGACUGUUCUACAUUCAUGUUAGAGAUUUCCAUUCCAUUAGUAACUAAAACCUCUUUACACAAGUAGUUGUCACUAAUGAAGAGACCCAGAUAAGCCAAAGUGGUAUUAUUAUGGUUCUGAAUGACUUUGCAGUAAGACAAUAGUUUGGGGUAAAUAGGUCUUAGUGAAUUUGGGGUUUUAAUUGAAAACAUUACUCCUAAAGUAUUCUUACAGUGAGAGUUGAAACAGUUGAAGUAACUCAGGCUCCACAAGCCAAGACAUUGUGUGUUCGUUCAGGUUCCUCAUCGUAUGUAUCAUUUCCUUCCUUUCCAGAGCAGAUCUGUCACUACACAUAAACCUUUAUUCUGUCUCUUCAUUGGACAAUUUGUCCUCAUUUCAAGGUUUCAGAUGAUCUGAAUUUGCAAACCACUCUGUCUAACAAAGGAAAUAGAGGUUUGUGGCACUGCUGAUACCUGAGAACUGCUGGUGAGAGCAUGGUCGUGCUUGAGCCAGUACAGUCUUUGACCUUGUGUUGAAUUAAAAGCCUUUUUAUUUUGGUAUUUGCUAUGACAAUAAAAUGGCCUUCAGUUUUAA